AGAAGAAGAAGAGAAACUCGCGGCUUUCUUCCCGUUGUUAAACCAGUCAAGAUAUCAGUUGUUGUUGAGUGGGUCAACCAUCCCUUACUUACGAUUUGCUUCCUGCCGUUAGAACAUCUUCUUCUCUGCCCUCUCCUCUUCUUGAACUGUUCCCUGAGCCUGCCUUAUAAAUAUCCGCCUCUGCCUCAGUUUCCUGUCUUCAAAAACAAUUCCGCCAAACACCACCAAAAAAAGGGAAAUAUAAAUAACUUUCCUAUAUUCAAAUGGGCGAGCAAAAAGACGCCGCCAAGAAUGACGGCGCAAAGAAAGAUGAUGCAGUUGUCACCGUCGUUUUGAACAUGGAGUUGCAUUGUGAAGGCUGCGCUAAGAAAGUCGUCAAACGUGCGAUGAAACAUUACGAAGGCAUUCAGUCGGUGAAGACAGAUUGUGAUGCAAAUAAAGUUACGCUGGUCGGGAAGGUGGACCCGGCGAAAAUGAAGGAGAGACUGAAAGAGAAAACCAAGAUGAAAGUGGAGCUAAUUUCUCCUCAGCCGAAGAAAGACACGGCCGCCGGUGGCGGACAUGAGAAACCGGAAGAAAAGAAAACAGCGAAAGAGAGCACCGUCGUUUUAAAGAUCAGGUUGCACUGUGAUAGUUGUAUCAGCAAAAUCAAAAAGAUGAUCAGAAAGAUCAACGGAGUCGAUAACGUGACGGUAGACAAUGGCAAAGAUCUAGUCACGGUGAAGGGAAUUAUGGAUGUAAAGGAGCUGGUGUGUUACCUGAAAGAUAAAUUGAAACGGAACGUUGAGAUUGUUCCCGCCAAAAAGGAUGAUGGAGGUGAAAAGAAAGAAGCCAAAGCAGCUGGCGGAGGAGAAAAGAAGAAACAAGAAGCUCCUGCUGCUGUUGGUGGUGACAGUGGCAGUGACGCUCCGAAGAUGGAAGUAACCAAGAUGGAGUAUUUGGGUUACCCCUACCCGCCACCUCCAACUUACUGGUACGACGCACCGGUGUACAACCACCAGAGUUACCCCAUGGAGCCUCAGCGUCAUCAAAUCGUGUACAUGAACCAAGGGUAUGCGAUGGAGCAGAUGUUCAGUGAUGAGAAUCCGAACGCCUGCUCCGUCAUGUAAAUGAAACAUUAAAAAUUUUGUGUUCCUCAUACAACAUGCAUAAGAACAUAAGUGAGGUAGGUAAAACAUCAUACAAAAGACACCUGGACAAAUAUAUUUAAAACAAAAGAAGU